CUUGCACACAGUGAUGAGAGCCUGUUAAAGCUGUCACAAAGCAUGGCAUGAGAGUUGGUGACUGCUGGCCAACCAAUGUUCACGUUGGCACUGUUAGCCGAUGACAUUCCUAUUGCGCCCGAGGAUUUCCGAGACGAUCAAAGGGAUCAGCUAAAGAGGCAGAUCCAAUUGCGAUAUGUGGAUCGGAUUAUUCCCAACGUGGGCUUGUGUAUAGAGUUUUACAACUUUGUCAGCAUCAAGGAUGCAACGAUCUAUCCUGGUGAUGGCAAGCAUUCAUGUGGAGAGGCCUUCGUAAAGGUGGAGUUCCAACUUAUUGUGUUUCAGCCUUUGAUCGACGAGUGGCUGGUCGGCUUGGUGAUGAAGUCAACUCAGAAGGGGUUGCAGAUCUCCUUGGGCUUCUUCGAGGAUGUGGAGAUUCCGUCCGCCAAUUUGCGCACUCCGUACAUGUACGAUUCGGCGCAAGAGCGGUGGGUUUGGCUGUAUCGAGACGAGGAGACAAAUGAAUCUGUGAACUACUUCUACGACAAGGACCGUCUUAUCCGCUUCCGAGUCACUGCUGUGCACUUCGCAGAGGCGAGACAAAAUCGCCGGGCCAUGUCCAUCGUUGGCGCGGUCGGCACCUGGGGAUGGGUAUUACUUGUGCCCAGCUAUAUGAGGUUAGCGGCUAGUUCCACCACUAUCAUCCCAACUGCCCGUAUGAACAAAAGCGUCUAAUGGCGUGAUUUACCAUAAAUACUUGAUACAUAGUUGAUAAUGUUGAAGUAGACUUGGUCACCAAAUGUUGACUGAAAUAGUUUGAAAGCGUAGCACAUCCAGUCGCCACGUUGGAGUGUUUUCCCAUUUCGACACAACUGAACCAAGGUGGAUAGGGAUGGCCUAGGGCUUCUAGAAUGGCUCGGAAGCUCAGCAAUCCUACUGGCUGCAGUGGUGUUUACCAAACGUCGGUUCCUAUGGUGGAGAUGCAAAUAAUGAUUUGAAUUUAAGACGUUCACUGAUUUCCUAUUCCGUGUUUUGGAGAUGUAAAAUGGGCAAUUCAAAUUCGUGUUUUCCCUCUCUGUGAAGGCACAUACCCAAUUCCAUCAUUUUGAUGGUGCAGGCGGCCAGUGUUCCUUCUCUGCCUUUUGACAGGGGGCCAGAAUAUGCCACAAUGGGCCACAAGCUUGGAUAAAGAUCUCCGGAAACACUCAAACAUGUGCACACUAUGGUCAUACAAACACACUCAUAUUCACCAUAUUAUUUACUGUACUAUGAUUGACUAUACAUACUGUAAUGAUAUACAUAUGUUAUUAUAUAUACACAUGUGAACUUGUUGCAAUAUCAGGGUUUUGACAUUCACCCAUUGCCAUUAUCAGAAGUGUAUAUAGGUGCCUCUUUUCCGAGGGCAAUGAUUUGUGCUUAGGUGGCCAUGAGGUGAGUGCGCAGUAUCUGAGACCAGCAAGAUGCUGUGUUGGAAAAA